GCUCAAUUUUUUACAUGAGACAUAUAACCGCGAACAAUACGUUGAUGGCGUAGUAGUAGCAGCCCGAACUCACCCAUCCAUGCAUUGUAUACGUAACAAAUGUUUAGCAAUCAAUGUGAAAAGACAGUUGUCACUUCUAACACCCGCUGUUCAUAAUCAACAAUCGACCACUCUCCCCUUCAUUUCUGCUGCCCUCAAAACCUCAGCAAAACACCGGCUUUUCAAUGAAGCCAACAAUUUCCAUGCACAUAUCGUCAAGCUUGGCUUUGCCAAUGUGCUCUCACUCGCCAAUCAACUCUUACACGUCUACGUUAAAUGCAAUGAGUUUUUUAAUGCCUGUAAGGUGUUCGAUGAAAUGUGGGUGAGAAAUGUUGUGACUUGGAACACCUUGAUUUGUGGCUUAGCCGACUGUACUAGGAGCGUUAUGUUAAAUUUCGAUUUUGGGUUUCGCUAUUUCAAGAGAAUGAUGAUGGAAUCGGUGCCUCCUGAUCGCAUUACCUAUUCUGCGCUGUUUCGUAUAUGCGGUGAGGUAACUGGUGGUUUUGAGGCGGGGAGGGGGUUGCACUGUCUAGUUGUGAAGUUGGGUUUUUGUAAAGAUUGCUUUGUUAAUAGUGCUCUUAUUGAUUUUUAUGGGAAAUUUGAAUUGGUUGGGGAUGCAAAGCGUGUUUUUGAGGGUGCUAAGAUGAGAGAUUUGGUUUUGUGGAAUGUCAUGGUUUCUUGCUAUGUGUCAAAUGGUUUGGGAGAAGAAGCUUUUCAGAUAUAUGCCUUGAUGUUAUCGAAUGGGUUCAAGGCCGACUUGUUUACAUUUGCUAGUCUACUAAAUUGCUGUGCUAAAUUGGUGUACCAUGAAUUGGGCCGGCAGAUUCAUGGACUUGUGUUUAAGCUUUGCUUUGAUAAGGAUGUUGUGGUUGGAAGUGCCAUCAUUGACAUGUAUGUGAAGAAUGAAAAUACAGUUGACGCCCGCAAGGCUUUUGGUGGGAUGGCCUCCAGAAAUGUGGUUUCUUGGACCACAAUGAUUUUGGGGUAUGGACGAGAUGGAGAUGGAAAGGAGGCUAUCAAACUUCUUAAGGAAAUGCUUAGAGAAGAUUUUCGGCCUGAUGAACUGACUUUGGCCAGCGUACUAAGUUCAUGCGGCAACCUAUCCAUGGCAAGUGAAGUUGUUCAAGUUCAUGCUAAUGCAAUAAAAUGUGCGUUUUCAAGUUCUUUAUCGAUUGCCAACUCUCUGAUAAAUGCAUAUUCCAAGUGUGGCUGCAUCGCUUCUGCUUUAAAAUGUUUCAACUCAAUUGGAAUUCCCGAUCUUAUUUCUUGGACUUCAAUGAUUGGGGCUUAUGCAUUUCAUGGUUUUGCAGACGAAGCUAUAAAACUUUUUGAAAAGAUGUUAUCCUAUGGCUUGAAGCCAGAUAAAAUUGCACUCCUUGAGGUUCUUUCUGCCUGUAGCCACGGUGGACUGCUGAGUGAAGGGUUGAAAUACUUCACUUCAAUUACUGACUACAAUAUUUUACUAACAUCAGAACAUUAUACUUGCCUUAUUGAUCUUCUUGGACGAGUGGGCCUUUUGAAUGAUGCUAAUUUUGUUUUGAACUCAAUACCACUUGAAUCUCAACCACAUGCUCUGAAGGCCUUUAUUGGUGCUUCUGAAAUCCAUGGAAACAUUGAACUAUCUCAAUGGGCAGCAAAAAAAUUGUGCUUCAUGGAGCCAAACAAUGCUGUAAACUAUAUUCUCUUGUCAAAAUCUUAUGCCUCAGAUAGGAAAUGGUCCGAUGCAACAGUGGUUCGUGAGCUAAUGAAAGAAAAAAUGAACUCCAGAAUUCCUGGUAUUAGCUGGACAGAAAUUGCUCAUAAAGCUCACUCAGAAGAAUGAGGCCGUAAUGAAACAAGGAGUAAGCAGACUUUGAGUAAUGAGGACUGCAGCAAUUUCUUGCGUUUUGGCAACUUACCCGAGUGACAAUAAUUCUCCAAUUUUCUGAGGCAGCAAAAUCUACAAGAAGCGAGAGUUUGACUAGCAUCUCUGGCUAGGGAAUCUUCAACUUGUUUCACAAUAUUUUAGUGUCUUAAGGAAUAUAGCUCUUGAACUUCAUGGUACUGGACAAACUAGGGAGACCUUGAGAUCCUCAUUGAGCCUAGCAAAGAAGCUUUAUGAUAUUCCAACUCAAGUGUGGGUACUAUCAGAUUUGACAGGUAUGUAGCAGCAAUUAAGUGACUAGAGGAGCUGCAAAGAAGACAUAGUGAUGUGUGUUCAUCUAAUCACCAUGUUGAACUGGUAAAAUGAUCGCCAUUGAUUGUGAAAAAUGUAAUCUAUGUAACAUUUUGGACUAGGAAUCUGAUA